CCUACAUUUUUUCAAUGUGUCCAUAAAAGAUGAGUAUCAUACAUAUCUUUUAAUUUCCCUUAUUUGUAUGUUGUACUUUUAGGUAGAUGUUUUGCACAUAAUCAUACGUUGCGAUAAUUGCGAAUUUAUAUUUUUUGCUGUCGCUAAUAAUUGCAUUAUUAUUGGCAAGUCUAAUUAUCAGAAUCAUUUUUAUUGGUGUUUAUUUUCCAGACGAGCUAUUUAAUUAGACUAAUUUGUUAUAUUUCGCGGCACGAAGAGCAUACUCGUAAUUUGAUUAUGAUUACUUGACGCUCAACCGUCUUUAGACAACUUACCUCACCAAUGUAACUCGUGUAUCUUGUCGUAGGUAUGGAUCUCCGCUCGAUUAAGCCUACUUGGAUCAACUCUGUCGAAAAAACUAGUCAUACCGAAGAUCUACUCUUACGGAUAGGGAAACUUCCUAUUUAUGGUCUCCAGUUUGUGGGGUACCUCCCCCUUUCAGUCGUACAAGUUCCCGUGAUCACAGGCAACGGAAUAAAGCACGCACCGAGCAAAAUCUCACUUCAAUCACUAAAGUUCCGAUGGACCGGAAUAUCGUUUCUCUCUCAAGUAUCGCUGUUCAUUUUUUGUACCGUAUUUCUGAUUUAUUUUUCCAUUGUACAUCCACAUGGCUCAUUCGACGACAUUACACCAUUAACUUCUGACUCUAUUAUAAUCACAAUACUUUCCACUACGUGCGUCACCAACUGCAUUGCGAAUCGUAUACACGCAUUGCUCAAUGUGCGACAAACUCUCAAAUUUUGGAGAUUCCAAUGCAAUCAGGUGGAAAAGAUUGCAAAUUUGUGGAACGUUCCGGAAUUAGUGGAGGACCUGCGAAAGAAGAAUCGCAACAUUUUUUUCCAAUUUACCUUUUUGCUUAUAAUACCAUUAGUUUGCUUGACUGCCGUGGAUGUGAUAUUUAACGCUUUGUGGGGUGUUGAAAAUCAACAGAAAAACAGUAUCAAGCUGAUUAAUAUCGUUAUCAUCCUUGCUGGUGGGACAUUUUGGGUGUAUCUUGCAUACACUAAUGUACUUUUAAAUAACUGGCUGACUUUUUUCGUCCGAAUUUACAUUACAGUUUUGACAGGUAUUUUACGUGAGGUGGAAAAAUAUUGUGCUACCACAAAACUCUUUAUUAAUGCCUGCACUGAUAGCACUUUUAGUUUAACUCAUGCAUCGGAUGCAUAUGAUAUUUUGAUAAAAUUGGUGGAUAGUUUUAACGAUACGUUUGGAAUUAGGAUUCUAAUUGAAGUGGGAGUUUACAUAGUUUGGAUUUUGGGAUGCACAUAUUUUGCUAUGGUGUCUAUGAAAGUAAGACAGUUUGGUAGUUGUACAACAAAUAUAGCGGCCUCUAUUUUAGCCAUGUAUUCGCUUUAUAAUUACGGAAAUCAUGGGGAAAUAUUGAGCCAAAAAAGGGUUUUGCUAAUUAAGAAAUUGAGCCAGGUACGGACACGAAAUCUUCGAAAGAUGGAAUGUAAGGAGGUUAAAUCCUUCAUUCAAAAGGUGCAAAAUUGCGACCUGAACAUCACUGCUGGGCACUUUUUUGUCCUUCAUCGCACCUUCGUGCUUUCAAUAUUGUCCGUGCUGAUGACUCUUCUCAUCGUCAUGGCUCAAUUUAGGAAUCAGGACGAGACAAAUAAAUAUGGAAUUUUGAAUAUUGCUAAUUGUUCGUGCCAAUAAGUCCACUUAGUGCAAAAGUAUAAAAAUAUUUAUUAACAAAGUUUAGAUUACGAAUUUUCCAAGUUCUGUCAGUAUUCUUCAUGUUUUUCGCAUCGAGCCGACAACCGCACCCAACAAUACAAUACCAUGCAUACUUUUCCAAGCUGUCCCAAAGUUUCAGUCCUUAUUGUUGUAACACGAAUAUAGUCGAAAUAAAUUGUAUUCUCCUUUAUUGACAAAA